AGCGCUGCCAACGUUGGUGCAUACAGUUAUUAUUACCGAAUAGCGCGUUGUACUGAAGGAAACGGAAGUGCGCGUUUUUUUGUACGAACGUGCGCGUGUCCUUAUGUACGUUAAAUUUGAAAUAUUCAACAACAAAAAAUACCGAUAAGCAUAUCCUUUUUGAAGCCAACGAGAAAAUAAACAAAAUUGUGUCAAAAUGCUGUCGAAUUUCCGUUUCACAAUUCGCAACUUUGCUGCUUUGCUGUGCCUUGUUGCGCAUGUGCAGGCCACAUACAAACUGCAAGAGCGUUACAGUUGGACCGAAUUGGAUUUUGCAUUUCCUAGUCCUGGUUUGAAGCAACAGGCGCUCGCUACCGGCGAUUAUAUACCACAGAAUGCAUUGCCUGUCGGCAUGGAACACUGGGGCAAUCGGUUGUUUGUGACCGUGCCGCGUUGGCGUGAUGGUAUACCGGCUACAUUGACUUACAUCAACAUGGAUUAUACACCGACGGGUUCUCCAGAGCUGAUACCAUACCCCGACUGGCGCAGCAACACAGCUGGCGAUUGUGCGAACAGCAUCACCACCGCGUACCGCAUCAAAGCGGAUGAGUGUGGUCGCCUGUGGGUGCUUGAUGCCGGCACUUUGGGUCUCCUCAACACCACCACCUAUCCCUGUCCAUAUGCCGUGAAUGUCUUUGACUUGCGAACGAACAAGCGCAUACGCCGCUAUGAGCUACGUCCGGAUGACAUUAAUGCGAAUACGUUUAUUGUCAAUAUUGCCGUUGAUAUUGGUAAAUCAUGUGAUGAUGCAUUCGCCUACUUUACCGAUGAACUGGGCUAUGGUUUGAUUGUAUACUCGUGGGAGCAGAAUAAAUCGUGGCGUUUUUCGGGACACUCCUAUUUCUUUCCCGAUCCACUGCGUGGUGACUUCAACAUAGGCGGCGUGAACUACCAAUGGAGUAAUGAGGGUGUCUUCGGCAUGUCACUCUCACCCAUACGUUCGGAUGGUUAUCGUACUAUGUUCUUCACUCCACUGGCAAGUCAUCGUCAGUUUGCGGUGUCGACACGUAUUUUGCGCGAUGAGCGUCGCGUUGAGGAUAGCUUCCACGAUUUCGUGGCGCUGGAUGAACGUGGCCCCAACUCGCAUACGACAGCACACGUUAUGAGCGAUGAUGGUAUUGAGCUAUUCAAUUUGAUCGAUCAGAAUGCGGUCGGCUGUUGGCACUCUUCCAUGCCAUAUCAGCCACAGUUUCAUGGUAUUGUUGAUCGUGAUGAUGUUGGUUUGGUGUUUCCUGUCGAUGUGAAGAUCGAUGAGAAUAGGGAUGUUUGGGUACUAUCCAAUCGUAUGCCGAUCUUUUUAUUCUCCAAGCUGGACUACAACGAUGUGAACUUCCGUAUCUACACUGCACCUUUAAGUACUUUGAUUGAUAAUACUGUCUGCGAUAUACGUAACAAUGCUUAUGGUCAGUCCCUCUUCCGUCAAGCCGAUAUGCCACAUGUUGCGCCGUCAAGCCGCAAUUACAUAACACCAGUUGUGGGUACCGGUUAUAGUGCAACCGAUCCAGCCAAGGCUUAUGUACUCAACAAUGGUAUGUCCUAUGAGAUCGGUAGUAGUGGUCCACAUCUAUUCCCACGACCUUCGGAGAGUUUGAAGAAUUCUGUUACCACACGCAAUUCCGACUGGUGGGCGCGGCACUGAGUUAUUGUUGCGUGAUUUAUCUUGUCAUCUGGCAAUUCCAACCACGGAUCCUUCUGCUCUCAUAAACUAGUUCAUCCAGUGCAAUUUGUGUUAUAUUAUUGUAAAUAAAUAUUCAUUUUUAUUAA